AUGGGACGACAUUCUAGUUCUUCAGAAGGUUCUUCAGAUGAUUAUUAUUAUAAUAGAAAGAGAAAGUCAAGCAAGAGAAGUAGAAGCAGACGUUCACGUUCGUCGUCUUCACGUUCUCGCGGUACAUCAACGGAUGCAUCGAGUUCCAGAUCUAGUAGUGACUUGAGUCACAAACAUUCCAAUUCUAAAUACAAAUCAUCAUCAAAAUAUAAACAUAAAUCAUCAUCCAGAAAAGAUUCAAGAUCAUAUUCAAGUUCUCGAUAUCAUAGAAGUAGUUCAUACUCAAAACGUAACAAAGAUAAAAGACGUUCAAGAUCCAGGUCAAGGUCUAGAUCAACAUCACGCUCACGCUACAGUAAAUCAAAAUCAUCAUCAUCAUCAAAUACAAAUGAAUUAGAUGCAAAUAAAUUUUUACAAUUUUCAUCCACAUCAUCGUCAUCUCAAAAUCAAAAUAAAAAGAUAUACUAUUUAAAUAAAAUCAAUAUAAAUGAAUUAUUAUUAAUUGAUAAAUGUCCAUUAUGUUAUGGUUUAGAUGAUUUUAAUACAAUAUUAAUCGAAAAUGAAACUAUUAAUUCGAAACAAUUUAUGUGUUUGUCCAAUAAUGUUACGUUAUUUAUUAAUCAUUUUGUAAAUGAUGAUAAUAAUAUGAAUACAAGAGAUCGAUUAAUCAAUUUAUGGUAUACAUUAGAAAUGAAUCCGGAACCAUUAAUAUUGCAACUAUUUAAUAAAAAUGAUGGCUAUCCAGUACCAAAAUAUUAUGGUGCAUGUGGACGUUACAUAAUUGUUGAAGAUUGUGGUAUUAAAUUACAUGAUUAUUUAAAUACAUAUUUAAUAAAUAUGAAUUCAAUUGAUGGAUGGUUAACACGUGCAUAUAUUGCAUUACAAUUAUUGCAAUCAAUGAAAUUAUUUACAUCAACACAUAAUUUAUAUCAUUUAUAUCUAUUAGAUAUAUCUAGUGAUAAUAUUGUUAUUGAUAUUCAUACAAAACGUAUUAAAUUUAUUGACUUUGAACAUAUUAUAUUAAAACAAUAUAAUAAUGAUAAUGAUAAUACGGAUUUAAUGGAACAUGUUUAUAAUGAAAAGGAUUUUAUUGAUGAUGCUGCUCAUGAUAAUUUAUUUAAAUUCUCUAAAUUAGAUAUAUGUAUGUAUGAUAUUAGUGAUAUUAAUUAUUAUGCGAUAUGUAAAAUAAUAUUAUCACCCAAAGCACCAUAUCCAAUGAUUGAAGGGGGUCUAUUAUAUUCAAUGCCACCAAUAUUAUUUGAUGAAUAUCCAAAUACAUUUAAGUUAAUUGAUGAAUGUAUUCAUUUAAAUAAUAAUAACAAUAAUAAACAACAACAACGUUAUCAUAUUAUAAAUAAAUUAAUUAAUUUAUUAGAAAAGAUAUUAUACAAUGAACAAUUUAAUUAUAAUUAA